GUUGGUGUUGUCGAUGUCAAAUGAGAGGUUAUGUUUGAUGUUUUUGAAUAAAAAUGUGUGAAAAGAUUAAAAAAAAACUACACACACUUAUCUAACGAUGAGGAUUAAUUUUACGUAGUUUUUUCCCAAAUAACUCUGGUUUAUCGCUUGAUCGAGUUGGCGUUCGGAGUAAAAUGUGAGGUUAUGGUUCAAUGUUUGUUUUUUAUUUAAAAAAAAAUGUGUUACGGGCCUUUUGCUCGCAUUUGCCAUUGGGGCCCCUUGACUGCUUUAGGAAUUAUCAAAUUGGUGACUGGGAUGACGAUACAUUGCAGUGGGAUGUGGUGGCCCCCUGCCCGGUCUCUGGGGGGUUUCCUCAAUAGUCUCGUUUUUAUCAGCUGUUCGGGCUUCACAUUGUACAAUUUUUUAUCCUCGAUGUACCACGGACCGGGUUAUUUACCCCAAAAUUGGAAACCUGUGAACGAAGGCGAUUGCGAGUACUUGCAGUGGUGUGGGGUUUGCCAGGGGUACAAGGCCCCCCGAUCGCACCAUUGUCGCAAAUGCGGCCGUUGCGUUUUAAAAAUGGACCAUCACUGCCCGUGGAUUAAUAACUGUGUGGGAUGGGGGAACCACGCACAUUUUGCCUCAUUCCUGGCUUUUGCCACCUUGGGGUGUCUUCACGCGUCGAUUAUUCUCGGAUGUUCACUUUUUCGAGCCUUAAAUCGCGUUCAUUACUUGUAUUACGGUUCAGGGAAAGAACCGAUUGUUCAUUUAGGAUUAUAUGGAAUCAUCCUGUGUGUCCUUGCGUUGGGGUUCACUAUCGGUGUCGUAAUUGCAGUAGGAAUGCUUCUCUUCUUCCAAAUAAGGGCUAUUUUACGUAAUAGAACAGGAAUAGAAGACUGGAUAAUGGAAAAAGCCAACUAUCGGCGAAAAAGUCGCAAUGAAAAGUUUAUUUUUCCCUAUGAUUUAGGAGUGUGGCAAAAUAUACGACAAGUGGUCAAUUUUAGUUGCCAACCAAUCGGCGAUGGGAUUUUCUGGCCUGUCGUCGACUCCUGCGACCAAUUCACUCUAACAAGGGAGCAAAUUGAACAAAAAACCGAAAAAAGACAAAGAACCAAACUUUACAAAAUCAUACACCCGGCAUCAGGUUCAUGGGUCCCCAUAACCCAAGGACUCAAAGUUUGUUGUUGUCCCCCGUGCACCGACGAAGCGAGAAUCAAACUCGAGCUCGGAGACACAGUCUCUGUGACCAGAUGGCGAAAGUAUUGGUUGUUUGGAGAAAAAAUUCAAGAUUUGCCUCAGGAUGAAGAGUCACUGUGUAGGAUACGGGGCUGGUUCCCGCGACGGUGUGCAGUUGAGGUGAUCGAUGGUAGCGAACAAAGCGUAAAAGAUAAAAAAAUUAAAUAAGUUUAAAAAAUAUCAAGUUUUCUAGUCAGAAUCGUACAGUGCGAUCAAAAAGUCUGUAUCAAGCAAGCGUAGAAAUUUAAAACGUAUUAUCGUAUCAACAAGAAAUUACUCCCUAGGAUUUAGGGAUAUUCGUGAAUAGGUUGCCACAAAUUUGGUUAAAAAAAAGAUAUCGUAACUAGUGUCAAAAAUUUAGGUUAAGUCACCUGUCAGCUUGUUUAUAGAUAACUCAAUUAAUAGUUGACAGAAAACGUCAACCGUCAACAAGGGGUAACCAACCCUAGGCAUUCAAAAUUAAUUUUGAAAAAUCUAGUUACAAACAACAUAAAAAACGUAAAUUUCCUAAAAAUUCAAAUCCUAGGUGGUA